GACGACGGAGCGAGGAGGAUCCGUGACGUCGGUGCCCAAAUAAACAUAAUUAUAUUUGAAUAAUCUCGAUGCGAAAACGGUUCGAGGGGCACCGAGCAAAUCUCGCGAAUCUUACGUGUGUUUUAAGUGCUCGUUAACAUUCAGUGAAUGUAAAUAGAUCGGCAUCGCAGACAACGCGUGUGUGACACGAUCUCGUCGGGGGGAUUAUCACAAUCCGAACUGCCGACCACCACGGCAGCUGUUCGACUGUUGGACAAUCUGUCAAGCAGCGGUGACCCCCAUGGAAGGCACGUUGGAAGAUACCCUGGUCAAGGACCCAUCUCAGGACGAUGCUGAUAAGCUUCUUAAAGAUGCGGCAGAUAAAAUAGUUCAAAAUGGGGUCAACGGGAGUUACGACGAUGCAGAGCCCGAAGAGUUCGCGGAGUCGUGUCAGGGACAAAGUUCUCCAGAAAAUAAAGAUGCCACCGAAGACGGGGAAAAGGAGGAAAGUGACGAGCAGCUAAACGACGCAGCCAUUGCCGACAGUGACGAACUAGGGAACGAGAAUGAAAAAGAGUCUGCGUCGACAAAAGUGGACGGAGCACUUGGGAAGGACGAUGACAAAUCCGAGACGCCAGAUGCUGAUCCCGAAAACUCAGGAAGAGUGCCAGCUGAAAGUCUCGAAGACAUCGACGAAGAGGUAGACAAAGAGGAAGAAGAUGAUGUCGAGAUGGAUCCUGAGAAGAUCGAAGAACUUCUUCGCGACGAUGAUCCCACCAGUCAAGAUGGCGAGACAGAGGUAAAAAGUGUGGAGAAAGACGUCGAGUUGUCGAAUCACUCGAAGGUAUCUGAAUCCUCGAACGGUGUGAGUGAGCCAAACAAUGUGAGUGAAGUGUCUAAAGACCUGGAGGAGUGUAAAGUCGUGGAGGAAUCUAAAAAUUCGGAGCGUAAAGACUCUGACGGUAAAGAUUCGGAAUGCGAGGCAAUGGAAGUUGAUGCUGAAAGCAACAACUCCGACAUUGAGUGUCUCGACGAAAGCGUCACGCAAAUCGACUCUGACAAUGACGAUGACGUUUUCACAAUCGAAAAACCUGACUCCGGGAAUAAAAGCGCCUCCAGGAGUAGCGACAUUCAGCAAAUUGACGAGGCUGGCGAGAUAAUAGACAGUAGUAUGGACACCUCCGACGUCAAAAUCUGCGAGGAAAAUGGCAGCUGCGGGAGUCCCGAUAUCGAGGAGAUAACUGAUACCUCUAGAAGCAAUGGUCACAACUCUGAGCAGGAAGGUUCGACAAAGGGCACGCCGAGUAAGAAAAAGAUCAGGAAGCAAGUAGACCUUAGCAACAUUACCCCAAGACGCAGCUCCCGAAACAUCAAGAGGACUAGUUACAUUGAGAAGGAACCCGAGGAGGAAGUCGUGCAUGAUGCUGAUGAUGAUGAUGGCUCCGAUAUUGAGGAGAUCAAACCUGAAGAUCCACUCGCGGGAAUUGAUAGCAAAGACAAAGAGAACUCUAAAGUGAAGUCCCCUAUCAAGAACAAUAAAACCACGAUCGUCGUGAAUGAUACCAAGAGGCUCGUGGAAAUUGCUGCUGGGAGUAAAGCUUCUUCCAAGGGAGGGAAGAAGGAACCUACCUUAGUUAUAAUAGAUACGAAUUCUAUCCUCUCCGGUAGAGGAGGCAUUCCAGUUAGCACUGCGAAACCCCAGUCGGUUUCUAAUUCUCCGGCCUUCUCGGUCGUUCCCAUGAGCAUGGCCCCACAGACUAUGUAUCCAAAUAUGAGAACAACCAUCACCCCUGUACCUAUGAAAGCAGCUCCAAGUCCAAAGCCAGCGACGGUCACUCCAGUGAUUCCUCCUGCUCCCCAGAUUUUGCCGACCUUGACCGAUGAUAUGUUUGUUGUCGAGGCACCGUCCUUUAUUGUACCUUACGUUUAUGAGAAACCGCCGCUGAAGCCCAUGAAGGAGUUUAUCACCAAGUUGAAAAAGAGCAUUCUCGAUAGGGAGUUGGAGGAGAAGAAACUUGAGGAUGAGAAAAAAGCAGCGCAGAAGAAAGCUGCUGCAGAUAAAAAAGCGGAAGACAAAAAGGACGAUGCAGCAGCAGCGGCGACAACAGAGGAGGAGAAAGAAGAAGACAGCGAGACGGAGGGCAGCGAGCAUAGUAAGAAAGACGAGGAUGGUGUUGAUUUAACCGAAAAGGGUCCCGACGACAAGCUGGAUCCAAAGCCUGAGGAGCGGAACAAACUACCGACCUAUUUUGAUCUACCCUUGGGGAAAUUCUUCAUGUCGAUUGGUGUUGGUCUUGUCCAAGAAUUCGUGCAGACUGAUCUUCUGAGGACGCAGAAGAGAAAACAGGGCAAGGGACCGCCAUCCGCCGAGACCCAGAUGGCUAUUAAUUCGCUGAUCAAGAAUCUAGAGUUUAGUAAAGAAAAUAACGAACCAUUCCAUUUAGAAAUGAAGAAAUGUGAAUUCUGUAAUUUUAAAACGGAAUCGGCCUUAGUCAUGCAACACCAUUUGGAGACGCCACAUAUGAAGAACUAUGUUUACAAAUGUAAUUUCUGUCCGAGCGAGGUUCGCAGUCCCCAUGAUAUUCUAUUUCAUAUGGAGGCGGAGCACAACACUCGUGGACGACUCGAAAGAGGUCCUGCUUUUCAUCAGUGUCCGAACUGUCCGUUUGAGGAUAAUCAGAAGGGUAAACUGACAAGACACAUUUUAGCUUGCACGAAGAAAUUCAGACCCGAGCGCAAUUUGGAACCUGCGUCGGACUGGGAGCCACCAGCGAAAAUUCCGAGAAUGAAUCGGGCACGACAGUCGUUGCAAGCAAAUCAGAGUGCGUUGGCUUUGGCGAUGAGUGCUAAAGGACCCCAGCCACUUUUACCGAAAUUGCUCCCGGCACCGAUGCCAGGACGUGGAAGAGGACGUCCACCAAUGCAACCGAGGUAUACGGAUUUAAAGAGUCUGAGAGCAGGAACUUCGCCGAUGAGGCAAGACAACUUCUUUACAGACAAUGUUGGGGGGAUGAUGUAUCGACCGACUUCGUCUGGGCUGUUGGUGCCUACUUCCUAUCAAUUCGGCAGCAACCAAAUAUUCCAGAAUUCACCUACAAAUUCUAAAAAUCCUACGGCAAAGCUGUUGAGUCAGCCGAGUAUAUCUAUAACACCUUUGCCACGUACAACGUCCCAAACUCCCGUUUCUGGGUCAGGAUCUUCCUCGAAACCUGCUGGCGGAAAGAGCACCUUCGUCAUAUGUGAGAUAUGCGAUGGUUACAUCAAGGAUCUUGAACAACUCCGAAAUCACAUGCAAUGGAUUCAUAAAGUUAAGAUACAUCCAAAGAUGAUCUACAAUAGACCUCCUCUGAACUGUCAGAAAUGUCAAUUCCGGUUCUUUACGGAUCAGGGUUUGGAAAGACAUUUGCUCGGAUCUCAUGGGCUUGUCACAUCUAGUAUGCAGGAAGCUGCAAAUAAGGGCAAAGAUGCCGGUCGUUGUCCAGCUUGCGGCAGGGUAUACCAAUGGAAGCUGCUAAACCACGUAGCACGGGAUCAUGGUAUGACGCUGAAGCCAGCGCAUCUAUCGUACAAAUGCACAGUCUGCACGGCCACCUUCGGAAUGUACAAGCAGUUCGAGAAUCACGUCUAUUCGGCGCACAGCGUCGUCGCCAAGCGAGUAAUGGACAAAAAGAAUGCGCCCUCGUCUCCGUCAUCCAGAUCCAAUGACUCUCUUCUCAAGCCCUUGAAGAUCAACGAUGAGAUCACUAUUAUUCCGCAGCCAGCCAAGGUGUCCUCGAGAUCCGUUCAAGGCCGCAAAUAGCAAUGAUCGGCAGAGUGAUAUGUGCAACUCGUCUCAUUAAAUUUCACAUAACUUUGUGGUACUCCAUACCGAUCUCUGUCGUAACGCGGUGAUCGACGCGAAGUGUACAUGUGUAUGCAUAUUAUGCUUAAGGCACACAACCCACACAUUCACUCACCUACCCACACACAGUCAGACACACCCACCCACACAUCCACACAGAUACAAUUAUCGAUAAUAUCCCAAAAAACAGAAACCUUCUCUCUUGGCAAAACACUAGUUGACUGCGUAACAAUAUAUUCCAUCGACGAUUAUACCGAUAUAUUUAUUUAAGAAUUUUUAUUGUUGUUAUCAGACAUGCAUAAAGAAGAAAAUAGACUGUAAAAACAUUAAAGGGUGGCCUUCAGUAUGAUGAUUCCUUCGUUGAUCCACGAGCAGUGCAAUUAUUGCAGUCUUCAUCAACGCGCCUCUUGAUUAUUCAAAUCUUCGAGUCUUCGAACAUUUGAUAAAAUUACACAAAUAAUUAUAUUCGUGUUCUGUCGUAAUAUAAAUGGGUCUCCCCAAUAUCGGAGCUUCUAUGUAAAUCCUUUUUGUAACUAGGAUACUCGAGCUUGAUUCUAUUUUUCGAUUACAGAAAUUAUUUAUUAAUUGUUAAUCGUGAAAUCGUACCCUUGCCGAUUGAUUGAGGGUAAAUUGGAAUUCCAGCUUGCAGAUUUUAAUCGACCUUAGUUCUACUUUAGCGAAAUACUCCGUAUUUAAUUUCUCUUCAAGACCCACACCUUCGAAAUAAUUUAUAUCAAGUCAGAGGGGUGACAGGAAAUACAUAAACAGGAACUGUAAAGUGUAUCUAUUACAAUAAGUUGAAUCCUACAAGGUUCCAUGUGUAAUAAAAUAUCAAGUUUUAUUUUUCGCUCUUUUAAGAACAACAAAUUGUACAUUAACAUAGAGUAUAAUAUAAACGUAAACGGAUAAAUAUCAAUAAACAGAAGAAAGCUACGAUGGCACACAUUAUAUAUCGAGUUUCUUAUUGCGAGCCUUCUGUUCUUUACGAGUCUUGAUUUUCUUCUUUACGAGUCGAAAUUCUUACACCUUUCUUUAGUUCUCUUAAAGUUGUAAAAACCACGAACAUUACGUCGAGCCGACGGCCUGUGUAACACAACUAAUGUUGCGAAUCGAAGAUAGAUUUCUGGAGUAUGUGAGAGGGGGGAGGGAAGUACAUAAAUUUUCUUUAUGCGAAAAAAAACUCCCUGCGAUGACGAUAGGCUUAUAUUAUUAUUAACAUGUAGAUAGUCCUUAAAAAAAGAGAGUAACGGGUUUAAUUUAAAUAAUUUCGACUUCUCAUAAUUUUUGUACGUUACUAUAGGAAAUAAUAAUUUUAGAAGAGAAAACGUAUUCGUGCGAAGGGCAUAAAAAUACGGUGUGCUUUUGCACUCAGGCUGUAUUAUUUAAACUCGGCUAUAUGCCAGCCACUAUUACGGUGAUCACAUGUUGGUAAAACUGAGAGCAUUCAUAGACGUAAUUACAGAAAUUAUAUAGUUUACUGUAAUAAUUUGUACAAUAUUAUAUGAAUAAUUAGUGAUUGCGAAAAUAAAGUGUACCAACAUUGUAUUAAAAAUUCAUCGUUUCGUCGUUCAGCGAGCUUUUCAGUUUUGUCAGCCCAUAGAUUGACUUUUGACUUUCUUUUUCAAUGUGAUCUCUACUUUUGGACUUUACUUUUGUCGUCUCGUUUUCGACUUCCAAUUUUUUCCCCCAUGAAAAGUGCUACUUUGGUGUUGCUGAUUUCUGAAACGUUCUCUAAGCGUUGAGGAAUAUCGGUAGGAAGUGUCAAGUGAAGAAAUAGAAAUUAGGGUGAAACCAGGACUGCAUAAUGUAACUUUACAGAUGACGAGAAGACAUGCGAGUCUAUUUUGAUGAAAUUUUCGAAUUGUAGGGUUUCAUGAUUUCGAGAAUGUACUUUAAGUGGAUUUUAGUUUUUAUUGUCUGCGGCCGUUUUUUAAAAUGCAAAUUGUAUGUUCACAAUUUUGCUUUUUUAAGUUGUGCUCGUGCAAUUGUUUUUUUUUGUUUUUUUUUUUUUAAUUUUUAUGCAUGGCUAAGUUUUAACUUGUUUUUCAUUUUGAAAAUUGAAGAAAAAAAUUAGAGCGAACUUUCAUCCACUUUAUAUUAAAACUCGAAAAUCGGAAGGUCAAAAUGGACGUUGGUCAUUAAACCGAUUUUAUUAGAUAGUAAUACCUUUGUAUCUCUAUAAAUUGCAGACUCACUUCAUGUAUCGCAAAAAAAUUUGAUUUAACAAUUUACGAUCCAAGAUUCGGACUUGUUUGCUCUUUGCGAGAAUAAAUUGUAGAAUUCGUUUGUGUAAGGAAAGCGAAAAUAAAUCAUUUCUUUUAUAUAAA